AUGGCUGCCCGCGAGGGUUGGAGAAGCGGAGCUCUGGGCUCCUCACAAGCCAACUUCCUGACGCCGCCAGUGGGCAGGGUCCCCCGGGCCGUUGCCGCCGUCAUGUAUCCGCCGCCGCCGCCGCCGCCGCCGCCGCAUCGGGACUUCAUCUCGGUGACGCUGAGCCUUGGCGAGAGCUACGACAACAGCAAGACCUUGCGGCGGCGCUCGUGCUGGAGGAAAUGGAAGCAACUGUCGAGAUUACAGCGGAAUGCGAUUCUCUUCCUCUUCGCCUUUCUGAUUCUCUGUGGACUCCUGUCCUACGCCAGUUUGGCUGACCAGUGGAAAGCUUUGAGUGUCAGGCCAGCAGAAGAGCAGAAGAGGCCAGAAGUUCCUGGGUUGAAACCAGCAAAUCCACCUGUCUUACCAGCUCCUCAGGAGGCAGAUGGUAACCGAGAAGACAUUCCAGGGAUUUUAUCUCAGAAGCCUCGCAGGCAUUUCCGACGGGGUCUACCCCACCUGCAGAUUAGAGCCCCCAAGAAAGACAUGAAGGAUGGAACGCAGGAUGACACUAAGGAAAGGGGCGGGGCCCCUGAAGCUGCUCACCCAGAGGGAGACGUGCGGAGGACGGCCAUCAGCUGGCGAGGGGCCAUGAUUGAGCCUCAGCAGGGCACUGAACUCCCGUCUAGAAAAGCAGACAAGCCCACCAGGCCUUCCUUGCUGCCGGCCAGGAUGAAGAACAAACCAGCACACCCAAAUGCCCGCCAGAAGGGGGUGAUCGACAUCUUCCUGCACGCAUGGAAAGGAUACCGAAAGUUCGCCUGGGGCCAUGAUGAGCUGAAGCCUGUGUCCAGGUCCUUCAGUGAGUGGUUUGGCCUUGGCCUAACUCUGAUUGAUGCCCUGGACACCAUUUGGAUUUUGGGUCUGAGAAAAGAAUUUGAAGAAGCCAGGAAGUGGGUGUCAACGAAGUUGCACUUUGAGAAGGACGUGGAUGUUAACCUGUUUGAGAGCACCAUCCGGAUCCUGGGGGGGCUUCUGAGUGCCUACCACCUGUCUGGGGACAGCCUCUUCCUGAGAAAGGCGGAAGAUUUUGGAAAUCGACUGAUGCCUGCCUUCAGAACGCCUUCCAAGAUCCCUUACUCCGAUGUGAACAUUGGCACUGGGAUUGCCCACCCACCACGGUGGACCUCAGACAGCACAGUGGCUGAGGUGACAAGCAUCCAGCUGGAGUUCCGGGAGCUGUCUCGGCUCACGGGCGAUAAGAAGUUUCAGGAGGCCGCGGAGGAGGUGACAAGGCACAUCCACUCCCUGUCUGGGAAGAAGGACGGGCUGGUGCCCAUGUUCAUCAACACCCACAGCGGCCUCUUCACCCACCUGGGGGUGUUCACCAUGGGCGCCAGGGCUGACAGCUACUACGAGUACCUGCUGAAGCAGUGGAUCCAGGGUGGGAAGAAGGAGACACAGUUAUUGGAAGAUUACCUUGAGGCCAUCGAGGGGAUGAAGACACACCUGCUGCGGCAUUCGGAGCCUAGCAAGCUCACCUUUGUGGGAGAACUGGCCCAUGGCCGCUUCAGCGCCAAGAUGGACCACCUGGUGUGCUUCUUGCCAGGGACGCUGGCUCUCGGCGUCCACCAUGGCCUGCCAGCCGACCAUAUGCAACUGGCCCAGGAGCUCAUGGAGACUUGUUACCAGAUGAAUCGGCAGAUGGAGACGGGGCUGAGUCCUGAGAUUGUGCACUUCAACCUUUACCCCCAGCCAGGCCUCCAGGACAUUGAGGUCAAGCCGGCUGACAGGCACAACCUGCUGCGGCCAGAGACGGUGGAGAGUCUGUUCUACUUACACCACAUCACGGGUGACCCCAAGUACCAGGACUGGGGCUGGGAGAUCCUGCAGAGCUUCAACAGCUUCACACGGGUGCACUCAGGCGGCUAUUCCUCCAUCAACAAUGUCCGGGAUCCCCAGAAGCCUGAGCCCAGGGAUAAGAUGGAGAGCUUCUUCCUGGGGGAGACACUCAAGUACCUGUACCUGCUGUUCUCUGACACUUCCGACCUCCUCAGCCUGGAUGCCUAUGUGUUCAACACUGAGGCCCAUCCCCUGCCCAUCUGGACCCCCACCUAGGGGGGGCGGGUCCUGCCUCAAUGUGUGGGGCCUGCUGGCAGGUCUGAGUUAUUUUCAAGGGGCCCUCGUGGGGUUGGCAGCCUCUGAGCCUCAUGCACUCCUGCCCUGGCUCAGGGUUCCCUGUCUCUGUUUCUAAUCAGGAAACAGAAGAGUAAGACCCAGGUAUGUGACUCAGGGUGGGCCAGCCCACCAGAGUCUCCUGCCUUCUCUGAGAAAACUCAAAUCAUGACUCAAAAUUCCUGAAACCUGAAUGUCCCCCUACUGGCCGACUUCAAGGUAGUCCUGGGGCCUCUGGUUCCCCUCCAAAGGCUGUGUUCAGAAAGAGGACCAGUUAGACAGCCCGGAUCCACUCUGCUUGGACUCACAGAGCCUCAUGUCCCAGCCUUGGGUCUCCGGGGCCCCAAUCCAGGCCUGGCCCUUGUGUUUACAUGUUGGACUCAGGGAUCCUCCUGGCUGCCCUGCAGGGGGCUUGGAGGUGGGAGGGAGGCAAGUUCAUUCUGCUGCCGUCCCACUUGGACAGAAUGGGUCUUUCGGUGAAGAUAAAAGUUGAUUUGCUCUA